CGUAUGCCAGUACCCUUAGGAAACUUCAUUUCACAGAAAGUUUAUGAAGGGCGAUUGAAAUCUCGUCAUAAAACCACCAGUCACAACUCCGUGCGGUUUGUGAAUACACCCCGCGGAGUGGAGAAGAAAAAGGGGUCCAGUUGGAUGAAUGAGGCCGAAAUUGACUGCAUCGUGAAUCUCGUUCGAAAUUAUUAUCAAAAGACAGAUUUUUGUAUCAUCACUCCAUACGACUCACAGCGGGUUGCGAUCGAGAGUCGUUUGAAGGUCGAAAAUCUCCCUUGGGAGAAGGUGUUUAAUGUGGAUAGUUUUCAAGGAAACGAGGCCGACUACGUUCUUAUUUCUGUCGUCCGCGCUGCCCACGUAGGGUUCUUGCGUUCCCCACAACGAAUGAACGUCAUGCUCACUCGUUGUCGUCUUGGAAUGGUCAUUGUAUCCAGCAAAUCAUUUCUAAACGCAGUCGCUCGCCGUACACUUCUUGGAAAGAUUGCUGCGUAUUGGACUGCCCGAGAGGGGAAGAAAUCUUGGGUUGAAGCUUUAGAUGUGAUGAACUCCCGCGUUGACCUACCGGGUGUAAUUGCAUUGGCCAAGUUGUCUAUUCACAGCAGAUCAUCUCAACCUGGAGCUACUUGCUAG